AUUUUGUCAGAAGCUACAAGAUGAACAAAUCGAUCUAAAAGUGUCUAUUACAACAGAAAUACGAACGAACAACAAUGGAUCCGCAAGAAACAACGACUAACAAUGCUGCUUUGAUUCGCGGUGCGAGCACGGUAAAGCAGAGUGCACCUCUAUCGCAAGGCUUUCAAGCAAGAGCCCAAGUUACUCCUACUGGAUUUCCAAGAUAUCCAGUAAAUAAUGGCCCUAUAGGAGGUAACCGUCCUGCAGGACAACAAGCGCAACACCCUAUUUACGGUUUAGAAAGACAUUCGUCCAUAGGCCAAUCUAAAUCAAGCCAACAACAACUCGUACAACUUCGACCGCACGGGCUUUCACCGAGGCCUCCUGGAAACAACCAAGUGCAUUCGCCUAGGCAAAUACAAACUAGACAAAAUCCAGUAGCAAUAUCUCAAGGUCCAAGAUUUCCUGGGACCCCCCCCGGAGUCAGAAUAGCCAAUCCACCGAGCGGAGGACCACCGAGCGGAGGACCACCGAGCGGAGGACCACCUCCGGUUGCACAACCGGUUGGGCCCAGGCCAAAUUAUCAAAGAAACGUCAUCGAACAGAGAACGGAACAAAGGAUCUUGAAUUCGUCCGCAUCGGCAAGCACAAAUCAACCGCAAGCGCAAAGUUUCAAUUCACCGAGGCCACUUAAAAAUUCGGUGCCGCAAAGACCGAGGAAUGAUCCGUCCUUAAACACAGCAAGACCGUGUCAAUUAUCCCAUAAGGAGAACAACCAAUCUGUACGUCCUCGUAUAAUCAUAGAAAAAAUGCCGGACUUGGACGAAGAGAAGAGCGAUCUCGUCCGAGAGAAUUCGAUUCAAAAAAAGAAAGCUGACGUUCGCGGCAGCGGGGAGAACGAUGACGACGAUGACGACGUUGUGAUGGAUACUGAAAAGUCACCUAGACAAAAUGGUAGCACGGUUUCCGACACCGAUAAGUCGCCACGCCCAGCUGACAAUUUACCUCCCAAUAAAGACAAAUCACCGCAGAAAAGUGGCAACGCUGACCGGACCAAGGAAUCCCUAUCGGACUCUUCGGUAUCUCCAAAAAUAGAACAAAAAAUGGAGGAUAGCAGUAAAUCAGUAACUCGGCCAGGAACGGCUACGAUCGAUACUAAAUCGGAGAGAAAAUCACCCGAACGAAUGAUCGUUCCUGUAAACGAUAACGAGCAGCCUGGAGAAAAAGAAACUUCGAGUAGAUCUUCGUUAGACAAGUCGGAAGAUAAAACGUCCAAUAAAAAUGAUUCCAUCGAGGAGGAUAAGUCUGCUCCUACUAAAAAUGAUCAAAUUGGUGACGUUAAAGACGAAGUAAAGAAGGAAUCUUCUAGCAGUAGACCUGCAUCGAGCAAAAUGGAAGAUAAAAUUGAUGAAAUGAAAAACGAACAUUCCUCGGUCGUUGAAAUGAAAAUUAAUGAAGAAAGUAAGAGUGAAAUAGCGAAAGACGAAUCGAAGGAAAAGAAAAUUGAAAAGGAUACUAUUAAAGUCGAUGAAUUAACUACGAAAGAAGAUAGUAGUCGUUCCGCUAGUCCUCAAUCACAAACCGUACAUUCUGCAGGUCAGAAUGACAAAACUGAUUCCACGCCGAGUAAAAAAGAUCAAAUAGAAGAGAAAUUAAGAAAUUUGGAAAAUCUUUCAAAUAAUUUAACUCCACAGAACGUAGAUCAAAUGCCAAGAACACCGUCAAAGUCUCCUCCGUCACCGGAUAUUAUAAAAGAGAACAAACGACAAAGUCCUCCUCCUCCAGUGGGAAGUCCUUCGAAUAUUCCGACGCCAAUUAAGAAUUCUGAGGAAGCAUCAAAAACACCAUCGAAGUCUCCAUCCCCGGACGUCACGAAGGGGGAGGACAAUUCUAAGGAAGCUUUAAGCGAUUCGUCGACUGUUCAAUCCGUAGAACAGAGACCGAAAACUCCUGCUAAAUCUCCUUCCCCUUCUCCCACGUCACCCUCACGAUCCGCGCCAUCUCCCUCGGCCGAUGUCGUAAUGGAUGAUAAAAGAAAAUUAACUCCGAGUCCUUCGAAUAAUUUAACGAUGCAAAACCUCGAACAGGACUCGAAAACUCCGUCAAAAUCCUCUGACAUUUCUAGAGCCUCGACGCCGACGGUCGUGGACGUUCAGGCGGAAAAUAAAUCGGAAAGUUUAAAUCUAGAAAAACCCAGCAGACCGAGCUCGGCUUUGUCAAAAGAUUCAACUUCGGAGAAAGUACAGGCUCCGACUGCACCAGCGAGUUCACCUUCUUUGGAAAUGCAGGAAAAACUAUCCCUACCAGAAUCCUUAGCUACACCACCAAAGUCGCCUCAAGAAAGUGUUAAAGGUUUUGAUAAUGGACAGAGAAGGUCUCUGUCUUCUCCUGGUUCCCCGAAAUCACCGAAAUCACCAAAAUCAGCGAUCAGUAUAAAACCUUGCGAGGGUGAAAAGAAAAAAACUACCUUCGCCGAGGAUUCGAUUAUCAAGAAGGAGGAAAGCCUGGAGGAAAAAACGGAAAGUUCUUCUCGAGAAACUUCGAAACCGACAACUCCUACCGGAAAACCACGACGUGCGCAAACACCCGUUAAACUACACAGCGAGAAACGAAAAAAAGAGACGGAAAAUGACAGUGCUAGUAACGAUUUGAGCCAACAUAACGUAUCACCGACUACGAAUGGAGUCGCAGAUUCGCCAACAAAAAAAUCACCGUCGAAAUCCAAAGAGAGUGACAAAAGAUCGACAGCUGGAUCGCCGACGAAAUCGCCUAGCAAGUCUAGCAAAUCAUUGCCAAAAACUCCAGAGACACCGUCAUCGACAGGAAGUCAAGAAAAAAAGAAGGUGCCGAUGAACAAAGUCCAAGUUGGUGCAGCACCUUCGCCGAAUUUGAAAACGGUACGAUCGAAAAUCGGUUCAUUAGAAAAUGCCAGUUACAAACCUGGUGGUGGAAAAGUUAAAAUAGAAAACAGAAAGUUGGACUUUAGCAAGGCACAACCUAAGAUCGCUGCGAAGAACGAAAAAUACACGCCCAGUGGCGGAGACAAAAAGAUAUCUCAAAUAAAACUUCAAUGGAACGCGAAACCCAAAGUGGGCUCUUUGGAUAAUGCAACGUAUAAACCUGGCGGCGGUGAUAAAAAGAUCGAGACAGUCAAGUUGGAUUUUAAAGACAAAGCUAAGCCAAAAGUAGGCUCGAAAGAUAACGCCAAGCACGUACCUGGUGGUGGAAGUGUCAAGUCAUCGGCGACGCCACCAAAGACACCGCAGGACACGAAUAACGACAUACAAACGCAGAAAGUUGAUAUCAAGGCCGAAAGCAAGAUAGGAUCUAUGGACAAUGUGAAACAUAAGCCAGGUGGCGGUGACAAAAAGAUCUUCAACGACAAGGAUUAUCUCAGACAGACAGGCUCGAAUGUUGAAAGUCUUUGCGGUAGUGGUUCACAGAGCCCAAUACCCUCCGGCGCGAUCACCGACGGCAAGAACGGCCUGCCAGCUUCGGACGAGAACCUCAACCAGGAAUGCUAGCUCUCUCUCUCUCUCUCGUGAAAAAACAAAACUUGACCGAUAAAUUCUGGUCUUAGAAAAACUUCGUCACUUUACGUAUAUUAAACUCACCUUUACCUUUUCCCCUUCCUCGUCCUCAACCUCUCCUACCCCCCUCCUGAUACUUCUACGAGAAUCCCAACAAAUGUGGGAUCAUUAUACCAUCCCCCUUUAAAAAAAAGAAAAAAGGACUCUUAGAGUCCUUGCUGAGCCGAUACUGAGCAAGCGUUUACCUUGUUAAGCUACCAUUCCUAAUGAUCACAGCAGAAUCAUUCGUACGAUGCUCUCGUGAAGAUCUUUUUUUGUUGUUUUUUCUUCUUCUCUCUUCUGUACGAUCUCAACACUGCCGAUUUUGUGAUAAACAACUAACGAUUAAACUCAUUUCGAUCGAAAUAUUCCGAUUUUCGUCGAAAACGAGUUUUAUGGUGACUCUAAUAAUUCACGGCAAUGGUUGUUGAUUGAUUACUCUACAAUUUUGUCUAACUUUUCUCUUUCUCUCUCUCUCUCUCUCUCUCUCUCUCUCUCUCUCUCUCUUUUGCCUCAAUUUUGUAUCCACAUUAUAUGUUCAUCACAUUGCAACACGCAAAUGUUCACUUUAACAUCCAACAAAUAAUGCUAUAUCGAUCGUUAAAAUCAUUAAUUUAAUAUCGAUUAAGGUAAACCUGUUUGUUAUUUCAAAAUCUUUCAUUUUUAAACAACGUUCUAUCGAUUAUCAGAAAUAAAUCAAUGAUUUCAAGUUCGGUAUCGAUAAGUAUUCGGUAAAUUCCUUCAACACAUUCUAUAAAACGUUUACGUUCGCGAUAAAUUCUGCACUGUCAUUAUUCUAUAAUCAUUCACGCACUUGCAAAUCGAGAAUAGAGGUCAGAUAGAAACGGAAAGAGAGAAAGAAAGAGAGACAGAAAUGAUGCAGCAACGUCCGCAUUCCGUACGUAUGCCAUGCUAGUGACAUAACGUGCUUAAUUAACAUCUUUCUCGUCAUUCAUUUAUUUUUCCAUCGUCGUCGUGUUGUAUUGCCAUUUCUCGUAUCGAGUUUCAUCGUGAGAGAGUUAUUUGCAUCUUUGUCUUAUUCUCGCUGCUAACAAGGGAACCACCAUUCCAACGACAAAAUACGAUUUCAGUUCAUUUUCUUUUUUAAGCUAACUUCGACGGCUUUUUUUGUAAAGAAAAGAAAUGAAAGGAAAAAAAAUAUACGAAAUUUACGGUCGACCUGCGAAGCAUCAAAAAUUGUAUACGGAAAUGUUAAAAUAUUAUAUUUAACGAGGAUCGUCGUCUUGUUGUUCGUAUUUUUCAUCGGAUCGAUCAAACUAAAAGCCAAGUUUUCCCACGCAAACCGAAAUGAAGAAUUGCAAUUGCGCGGUUGAUUGACCUCGUGUGAUUCUUAUUUAAAAAAAUAAAAUAAAAAACAUACAUAUACGUAUAGAUAAUUGUUUUCUUUUUUCUAAUUUUUUAUGGUUCGACAUAGUGACAAGUUUUCUUUUUUUUAAUGUAAUCGUGAACGUAAGAGGUAACGUUUCGUUCGAUCAUUGAUGUAGACCUAAGUUUAAUUGAUCGCUCGCUAACAAAAAUAAAAAGAAAAAAAAUUUAAUGAUAGAAGAAAAAUCAUUAGGUAUUAGAAUGAGAGCGAUUUAAUGAUAUUACUAUUAAUUAUUAAUUAUUAUUAUCUGUAGUUCACGUUAAACUUCGAUCGUCGAUUUUAUUCCGGGAUUAGUCGAAUCACUGAGAAAACAAGACUAUAAUAAUACAAGUAUUCGCACGUAUCAGACCGCUUUAAUCGGUUUAUUAUAGAGAAUGAAACACACGAGAGAGAAAGAGAAUAAAGUGUCUGAUAGUGAGUAUUGAAAGAUGAAAUAUGGAGAAAAUACGCAAUUUCGAAUACGAAAAAGAAAAGAAAGAAGCGUGGUGCGUGUACGAGAUAUAAUAAUAUUGUAAACGAAGGAUUCAUUUUUGUGAAAUCGUUUGGUACAUCGAACUCGGUUCGGAUUGUAUCUAAAUGAUAAUCUAGAGAGUACGAGAUAUUUGUAAUCGUUACUGUAGAUACGUAAACUAUAUUGCUAUUCGUUGCACUUAUUCAGUAUAAUAAUUAAUCUAUCGCUAGAGAAUAAUAAUUAUCUCGAUAGGUAAGAGAAAAUCAGGAGUCAGAGAGUAUGCUAUUAUUGAAAAACGGUACGAAACGGAAAGGGGUAGAAAAAAAAAAGAAAGAAAAUAAAAGGGGGAGGUAAUCGAAAAGCCUCUUGUUUGUCGUCUUCACUUUAUGACGUUUCAUGCAAUUUACACGUCGCUAGAAAAUACAUGUAUGUACUAUUACAAACACAUUAAUAACUAUAUUGCUUCCAUACUUGACUACUGUGUACCUCGGUUCGAUUUUAACAUCCGAAUAUUUCGCAAUAACAAGGAAAAAAAAGGAAAGAAGAACAAAAAAACAAACAGAAUAAUGUAAAGCAAAAAAGAAAAACAGAAAGAAAAAACUAAUCUUAGGUUCUCGUAAUUGUCACAAGUUACCACUUCGUACGAGCGCAAUUGUGCAAUGACUGUGUCCGGUAUAUCUUUUUCAGGAGGUUCAUGCUGGAAUAUCGCAAUAAUAUUUUUGUUUUUAAAUUUA